UAGAUAGUAGCAUAGUAGGCAGUUUGCUUCGCCGUAAAUGAUUUUGCAUUAAAUAUACGUAAGUUUUGUUGUCACGAUAUUUAAUUGUAUCACGAUACUAAUUACAAGUCGAAAUUAUAUGUCAACAGUAAAUAUCAUUUUAAUUAUUGUUUGGUAGAACUUUUGCGUGUGAAAUUGUUUUAGCUUAUGUAAAACGGCUUAUUAAGAUUGUCACUCAACAAUAUAAAAAAUUAUAAAAAAUUAAUUUUAAGAAAGUGUCAUCCGUAAUAGUUGUAAAUAUUGAUGAUAUUGUUGGCUAAACUAAUACAGGUCACUUAUGCGAACUUUUCUAAUCCCAAUAAAUUAAUCAUGGAAUUUAUGGAUCAUGGAGUAUUGACGCAUCAUAGCAAGUACCUAUAACCUAUACAUAACUACGUUUAGCUUUGUUUAUUACUACCGAUACGACGCUGCGAAUUUCAAGAGAGACUUAGAUUUUCAAUCAGAGUGGAAUACAAAUCAAGUAUUGAGGCACAAUGAGGCAAAGAUUAGACCCAAUCAGUGAAGAUUCAUCAACCGAUAGCUCAGACUUUUGGACCACCUCAACUGAAAGUAGCAGUUCUGAUUCUGAUGAUUUUUCAGAUUAUCAUUAUGAACCAAUGCCAAAAAAGGCAAAGGUAGGCGAUCAUAAGAAUUUGUUGGAAACCGAAUCAAAUUUCGAACAUAUAUUAAAAGCUGAUUUUAAAUGGAAUAUAAAGAACUUCAAUGAAAUUUGUAGCAAAGCUCACAUUGGAGAUGUAGUAGAAUCUCCCAUAUUCAUUACAGGUUCAAAUGAAGAAUUAGUAUGGCGCUUGGAACUGUAUCCCAAAGGUAUCAAUGAACAAAAUAGAAAUUAUUUAUCACUAUUUCUCAAAAUGAUGUAUAGCAAGGAGCCAAGAUUGAAAGUACAGUAUACAUUUAAAUUAAUUAUUAAAAAAGGUGAUGAUAGUUAUAUGAGUGAAGAUUAUUUUAUUGGUGGUCAGCGCUUUGGUGUUAAAAGGUUCAGAAAAACUGAUCUUGUUUUAAAAGCUGUAAAGAAUAUAGAAGAUAGUGUUUUAACUAUUACUUGUGAAGUCAAUACUCAGUUGGGCAGAACACCUAUCCAUAGAAUGAAAGUUUUGAAUGAUCUGGAAGGUCUCUUGGACAAUGGUCGUUUUAGUGAUGUCACAUUAAAUGUGAAAAACACGAAGUUCAAGGUACAUAAAUAUAUUCUAGCUGUAAGAAGUCCAGUAUUUUCUGCAAUGUUUGAACAUGACAUGAUAGAGAAAAAUCAGAAUAUUGUACAGAUAACUGAUAUUGAACCAGAAAUUAUGAAGGAAUUAUUACGAUUUACUUAUAUAGGAGAAGUUAAAGAUCUUAAUUCAAAAGCCAAAGAUUUAUUAGCAGCAGCUGACAAAUAUGCUUUUGAUGAUUUGAAAAGUAUGUGUGAACUUUCAUUGUCCAAGAAUUUGAAUGCUGAAAAUGUCAUUGAAACUCUCAAUUUUGCCGAUCUUCACUCUACUCCAAAAUUAAAAGAACAGGCUUUGAAAUAUUUAGUUUCUCAUAUCAAAGAUGUCAUUACUACAUCUUCUUUCAAAUCAUUUGGCAAUCAACAGUCGCCUUUAUUGACACAAGUAAUAUGUGCUAUGGCUUCUAAAGAUGAUUAAGACAUAAAAUCUAUCUAAGUUUUGAUUAUUUUUUAAGAUACAUGCAGCUAAACGCUAGAAAAACAAGGAUCAUGGUAGCAACCGGAAGCAGGAAUACCAGAGGCGUAACUUGCGCGAUACUAUAAAGAAUGACUUUCUGUGUUAUUAAAAUUUUUAAAUUUUAAGAUUUGAAAAUUAAUUAUAUUUUAUAAAUGUAUAUAAUUCUAGUUAAAUGGUUCUUAUCUAGUUUACUUUAAUGUUUUUAUUAAUAAAAUUUAGAAACAAAGGUCCAUUUUUUAAAUUUAAAUUUACUUCAUUUUAAUAGCGAACUUCUAAAAUGACCGAAAAUAUAUUUUCUUUCGCAAUUUUCUAUAAGUGAAAGCUUCUGAUUUUUAUCUAGGGAGAUUAUCUUGGGAGAUAAAAAGAUACAGAUAUAUAGAGAGAGGUAAGAUAAAGAUUGAUAGAUAGAUAGAAAGAGAGAAAGAUUGAUAUUAUAAAGAUAUUAUCCAGCAUUGUGACUAAGAAAGAGUGAUAAAAUUUGAGUAUAUCUAGGAGUGUGAAGUUUAUAUUUUAGUAGUAAGUUCAAUUUAUGAAUUAUUAGUAUAGAUAAUAAUCUGCAAAAAUUGAAAUAUGCUGUUAAUAAAUUGUUUUAAUAAAAUAAGACGUUAUCUUUUCGACUUAUGGUGGCAUAUUCAGUACCAAUUGAUAAUUUAAUUAUCAUUUUGAAAUUAAUAGUGUCAUUUUCAAAUGUGAUUGAAAGAGAUAAAAAAGCUGCAGAAAACCGCUGCUAUUGAGUAAAGUUAUGAUUGUAUGAUACAAAUAAUGAAAUUAAUAAAAGAAAAACAAAAAAAGAGCGAGAAAUGCGCUGAAUAACGCUAGUAAGGUAAAAGCUUACUAGUUAUAUCCUUGCCCUAAUAAGUUUAAAGGUUUAUGAUGAUAGGUUUUAGAUUUCAUGAAAGAACGAUAUAAAAAGUGAUAGAGUGAGAGAGAGAGAGAGAGAUAUGUUUGAUAUCGUGUUUCUAAUAUUUAAUAAUUUGUAAUAAUUUGUAAUUAUUAAAUAUGUGUCAGGCAUCUAAACCUAAUUUAUAGCAUCUGUGCCAUUAUUAUAUAAAUUCCACUAUUGUCAAACGUUUAGCAACAACAAUUGAGAGAAUAAUCAAUUGAGAUUGACAGUGACUUUUAAAAAGUGAUAUUGAAAUAUAAAUAUAAAUUUGUUUGAUUAUUAAAACACAAAUAAUUGCCUUUAACAAUUGAAAAGGUAAAAUUUUAUAGACAAAUUUUAAGAAAACAGCAUUCAUGCAAUAUUUUAAAUUAUUAAAAAAUUUUUUUUAGGGAUACUUCUUUUCAUUAUUGUUUAAAUAUGCUCAAUUGUAAAAAAUAUAUUGUCCCCAAUUUUUACUCCGACAAUGUGCAAAAUCGUCGGAUAUACUUUUUAUAAAUGUAUGCACUUAAAAUCUAUUAAUUUAAAAAUUUCUUUUUAUACUAAUAUAGUUUCUAUUAAAUGAUUUUCUUUCUUUCAACUCUGAGUUGUUGUUUAAUGUGUUCUAUUUAAUUUGAAUUAAUUUAUUUGUGUAAGUUUUUGCAAAUAUAGUGGACACUGCAAUAAGAAAAAUAAGUCAUUAAUUUAUUAUAUUUAUAGCUGCAUUUAACAUUUUUCUCUUGCAAAUGAUAUGAUGCAGUUUAAGAAUUGUAAGUUAAGAAGUUUGUACCA